AUGUCUUCUAUAAGUCGUCAAACAUUGGGCUAUAGUUACACGUUUGAGCCCUCACUGGAGCCCCUGUCGGCCCAAACAAUCGGUCAAUUAAUCCGAGAGUGCGCUGAAGACUCGCCCGACCGGACGGCUGUCGUGUCCGCUCACCAACACAUCACCAAAACAUAUGCCGAACUCAAUUCUGACGCAAAUAAGUUGGCCAUCGGUCUGAAGGGUUUGGGAUGCGGAAGGGGUGACAGAGUGGGCAUUUGGGCCAUCAAUUGCUAUGAAUGGGUUGUUACACAAUAUGCCACCGUUAAAAUUGGAGCUAUAAUGGUAAAUGUGAACCCUGGCUAUCGGGCCAAUGAGCUCCAGUAUGCGCUGAAUCUGGUCGGCUGUCAUACCCUAAUAUGUUGCCAACAGUUUCGUACCAGUAAUUACUGUGAAAUUUUGGACAAUAUAUCACCGCAAUUGUUGCAAAACAAUACCGAUGGCAACGCUAUUCAGUGCGAUAAGUUAGUAAAAUACAUGUCUGUUAUAGUGUUGCCAGAUCAUUUCCCCAAAUUCCUUGAUAAAUUCAUUGUUUACCCUGAGUGUGUCGACGACCCGAGCAUACAGUUUGACGACCCGAUUAACAUACAGUUCACUUCGGGCACAACCGGGAACCCAAAGGCGGCGACACUAACUCAUCAUAACAUUAUACAAAACGCGUAUCUAUUGAGCAAACGAUCGCUGGAAGGCCUAGAGCUGAACGGCCUGACAAUAUGCGUACCGCCCCCUCUAUAUCACUGUUUCGGGUCAGUAUUGGGCUCACUUGUGAUUGCCCUCCGGAGGGCCACAAUGGUAUUGCCGGCCCCUGUAUUCAACGCAAACAAAACACUUGAGGCGAUCGAUAAAUACAAGUGUCACAUGGUAUAUGGUACGCCUACAAUGUUUGUGGAUAUACUGGCCUGCGAUCUCACUAAAUACGAUACAACCUCGUUGGUUAGAGGUAUAAUGGGGGGAUCAACCUGUUCACCACCACUGUUGGAUGAGAUCCAUAAGCGUAUGCCCACGUGCGCACACAUUUUGAUCAUAUACGGAGCCACUGAAUGCAGUCCACUUGUGACCCAUACAUCGGUUCGCGAUUCGCCUGAGCGUCAGCUCAAGUCUGUCGGCCGACCCAUAGAACACUUGGAGAUCAAGAUUGUAGAGCCGACCACCGGUGCAUUACUACCGGUGGGUGUGUCGGGCGAAAUUUGCGCUCGUGGUCAUUAUAUGAUCAUUAGAGGCGGUGAAAACAUAUACCCCAAAGAGGUGGAGGACUUUCUAAUGACCCACCCGUUCAUCGCAGACGCACACGUGGUGGGAAUACCUGACAAACGUCUGGGCGAACGGUUGGCCGCAUAUAUUAAACUUAAAGCCGACGAUGUGUUAGACAGUAAAGCUGUUAAGGAGUACUGCAAAGGAAAGAUCAGUCAUUUUAAGAUACCGGAGAGCAUAGAGUUUGUGCCCGACUUUCCCCGCACUGUCACCGGAAAAGUACAAAAGUUUAAACUUAGAGAACUUGCACUAAAACAACGUGCAUGA